AUGACAGAUGGGGCACAGGCCAACCCCAAAGGGUUCAGGAAGAAGGUGCUGGUUAGAUGCCCCUCUGGAUGGAGGAGGCCAAACAUCAGGGCCUCUCCUCCUUGGAGAACCUCCAGGUCCAGCCUGGGUGUGAAGAAAUUCUUUGCCAUCGCCGUCCUGGCUGGCAGCGUUGUCUCCACAGCCCAUAGCAGCCUGUUCAACCUGAAGUCCAUGGUGGAGGCAGUCACAGGCCGAAGCGCCAUCCUGGCCUUUGUGGGUUAUGGGUGCUACUGCGGGCUGGGGGGACGUGGCCAGCCCAUGGAUGAGGUGGACUGGUGCUGCCAUGCCCAUGACUGCUGCUAUCAGAAGCUCUUUGACCUCGGCUGCCGCCCCUACGUUGACCACUAUGACCACAGGAUUGAGAAUGACACAGUGAUUGUUUGCAGUGAGCUCAACAAGACAGAGUGUGACAAGGAGACGUGUGAGUGUGACCGGAGCGUGGCCCUGUGCCUCAAGAGCCACGCGUACAGGGACCAGUACCGCAGCUACCUCAACGUCUACUGCCACGGGCCCACCCCCAACUGCAGCAUCUACGAGCCACCCCCUGAGGAAACCACCUGUGGACAGGGCUCCCCAGCCUCCCAGGGUCAGGAGCCCCCAGUGACCAGCACCGAGGACCCAUGGUACUGUGCCCUGUCUGGACAGCAAUCAGGAGAAAGCUCAGCCUGCCCUGGCAGUGACUCCCUGGCCAUUGUCACUGAGGAAGCCAAGCAGGACGGAGGCCCCCGUUCUCACCCACUCCUCAAUUUCAUCAGCAAGACAGAGAGUCCUCUGACCAUAAAUCAGAACAAAGAUAAGCACAUCCUCCGAAAGAGUGAGCACCGAGUCACCGGGCCAGUGCGGCUCAGGGAGACCCCGCUGUUGGGUGAGCAGGCUGAGCAUCACGGUGGGAAAGGCCAGUGUGAGACCAUGUUGGCCACCUCCCGUUCCGAUCUGGGUUAUGAAUCUGAAUUCUUGGCCGACCCUGUACCCUGA